UCUCUUAGCUAGAUACCACUCCCACUACUAAUCAUAGCUCAAGCUAAGCUUUAUCAGCAUGGGCUCCCAUGGCUUGGUAUGUGCUAUGAUCUCCAUCCUCCUCCUCCUUGCCUUCCAAUUGGAGCUCGUCGGAGCGCGCGUCUCGCACCAGCAUGAGCUCCAAAUGAACGAUCGCAUCGGCACCGUCGUUCCACCGCCGGAGAUGGCCGGGACGUGCGCUUCGGUUAUCAUCCCACAAGGCUACAAAUGCGAAGAAUAUGAGGUGACAACCGAAGAUGGAUACAUACUAAGCAUGCAGAGGAUCCCGGUGGGUAGAAUUGGAGGUGGUGGUGCAAGGAGGCAGCCUGUGCUACUGCAGCAUGGGGUACUCAUGGAUGGCGUGACAUGGGUACUAAACUCUCCUGAAGAAUCACUUGCAUAUAUUUUAGCUGACAAUGGAUUUGAUGUAUGGAUUGCAAACACUAGGGGAACUAAGUGGAGCCGUCGCCAUGUUUCCCUUACUCCAUCCAACCCGGCAUAUUGGCAUUGGUCUUGGGAUGAGCUGGUCACUUAUGAUCUCCCUGCUACUUUCAACUUCGUGUAUCAGCAGACCGGGCAGAAGUUGCAUUAUGUUGGCCAUUCCUUGGGGACUCUUAUUGCACUAGCAUCAGUCUCUGAAGGUAGAUUAGUGGAUAAGCUAAUGUCAGCAGCACUACUGAGCCCAGUGGCCUAUCUGUCUCACAUGACAACCCCAAUAGGCAUUCUUGCAGCCAGAGCCUUUGUAGACCAAAUAGUUAAUUGGCUUGGAGUUGCAGAGUUCAAUCCCAAAGGACCACAUGUGGCACAUUUUCUGGACGCGCUCUGCCUCGAGCCAGGGGUGGAUUGCUACAACCUUCUGCAAUCCUUUACGGGGAACAAUUGCUGCCUUAAUGCCUCCACAGUCGAGCUAUUCUUGGAGUAUGAACCGCAAUCUACCGCGACAAGGACCAUGGUGCACUUGGCACAAACUUUUCGAGAUGGCAUCAUCACAAAGUACAACUACGAGAACCGAGAAAUUAACAUCGAAAAUUAUGGGCAGAGCACACCUCCAAUUUACAACAUGUCGAACAUUCCAAACAAUCUGCCUCUAUUCUUCAGCUAUGGUGGUCGUGACUCGCUCUCUGAUGUUCAUGAUGUCGAACUCUUGUUGGAUAAUCUCAAGUUUCAUGAUGGAGAUAAGCUAACUGUUCAAUUUGUGGAGGACUAUGCCCAUGCUGACUUUGUCAUGGCAGUUAAUGCUGCACAAAUUGUAUAUAAUGCAGUCAUGGCAUUCUUCAAUCGCCAAUAACAACCAAUAUUUGUCUGUGUCGAGGUGGUCGAUAAAAUCGCAGUAUAAAAUACUAAUCUCAGUCUCCAAAUGCAGGGAUAGUAUCAUGUGCCAAAGUGUACUAGAAAAAAACAGUCUUAAAUGGGACCUCCCUGCAACCAGAUUGAAAGUUACAAUGUUACAAUGCUAUAAUGUUCUGAUUAUAAGACUGAAAGAAUACCUCCUCCCUGAAAUGGAACUUCUUGUAUUAA